UGAGUGUCGUGUGUUUUUACUCAUAAACUUGGGAGGAACGUAUUACGAAGUACGAAGUAUUCAAACCCACAAAUCUCUCACCAAACAAGCUUUGUGCUUUGCACUUUGCACGUGAAAGAGAGAAGCUCCCAAGUCCUAACAAACAUAACGAACCACACUUGGGUGUGGCAGCCACACUUUGAAUCGAAUGACGCAUAAAACGAUUACUCUGAAUCUCAAGUUUCCCCAUAUGUCAACGGAAGCGCCCAAGCGCGACCAAUGGCAGUGGGAAAACGCCGCCGCUGGCGCCGCCGCCGGAUUCACCACCGUCGCCGUUAUGCACCCACUCGAUGUUGUCCGAACUAGGUUCCAAGUUAACGAUGGUCGAGUCUCUCACCUUCCUAUUUACAAGAACACUGCUCACGCCAUUUUCACCAUUGCUCGCUCCGAGGGUUUAAGAGGAUUAUAUGCAGGCUUUCUUCCUGGGGUUCUGGGGUCAACUAUUUCAUGGGGUUUAUAUUUCUUUUUCUAUGACAAAGCCAAACAAAGAUAUGCUAGGAACAGGGACGGAAAGUUGAGGGUCUACACCAUGUUGCAUGAUAUAAAGUUGGCGUGA